CGGAUUCUCCCACAUUAUGUCGUUUCCGUGCUGCCACCAAACGCCACCACCACGAAGUCCCCAACUACCGCUAUACCGGAUUCUUACAUCUCACCAUUCGCCUCCACCCUACUUCUCUUUCAGUCUUGACCAUAGCCACUUCCUUGCUUUGCUUCUCCGCUAAACCUCCUCUCUGGAGCCUUUCUCUGCCGGAUUUUCAGGAUUUCAUACUUGAGUAUUUCGGAGGUUACGGAAAACCCGACGCACCCGCCGUCACCGCAAUCGAAAAGCACCCAGAUGGCGUCUGACAUUUUGCAUUCGCCUGAUGACCCCGCUGCCUCCUCCUCUCUCUUCGAUUGGUCCGAGUUGCUGGAGUUCAGCCUCGACGAUCAGCUCAACAUCUCGUUCGAUUCCAUCCAGGACCAGCAGCCCCUGCUGCAGCCGGAUUUACCCUCUCCGAAUGUUCCAACUACGACUUCUGAUGGGGAUGCUGAUCCGAGUCGGGUCAGGAAGAGAGACCCGAGGAUGGUUUGCUCCAACUUUCUGGCCGGACGAAUCCCCUGUGCCUGCCCAGAGAUAGAUGAGCAGCUUGAGGAGGAGGAGCUGGCUGCUCUUGGUUCUGCAGGGAAGAAGAAGGCCCGCACGUCCAGAGCCCCUGCUGUCGGUCUGCACACCGCUCUUUGUCAAGUGCCUGACUGUGAAGCUGAUAUCAGUGAGCUCAAAGGUUAUCAUAAAAGACAUCGGGUUUGCCUGGACUGUGCUAACGCAAUAUCCGUUGUUCUUGAUGGCGAGAGCAAGAGAUAUUGCCAACAGUGUGGCAAGUUUCAUGUUUUAUUGGACUUUGAUGAAGGUAAGCGUAGUUGUCGAAGGAAACUUGAGCGCCAUAACAAUAGACGCAGAAGGAAAUCUGUAGAUUCAAAGGGCUCAUUGGAGAAAGAACCUCAACAGGUUUUAGUAGCUGAUGAGGGUUGUUUUGAUGAGGACUUCAGCAAAGAUGGCAAUGGUAUGAGCAGCCAAAUAAUUGAAAAAGAAGUACCCUUGGAAUCUGAAGGGAAGCUAUCAACGCUUUGCUCCACCCCGGGUACCCAGAAUAUUCAGAGUGAUAGCAUUAUACCUUCUCCAGCUUCUGGUGAAAUACAAAGCAAAAAAGGGAAAGAAAACAAAAAAGACACUCAUUCUCCUUCCAAUUGUGACAACAGGAGUGCACUAUCUUCUGUUUGCCCUACUGGUCGGAUCUCAUUCAAGCUUUAUGACUGGAACCCUGCAGAGUUCCCGCGUCGCCUACGUCACCAAGUACUUAAGGCUUACUAUUACAAUUUUUCAAUGGUUGGCCAGCAUGCCUGUUGAAUUGGAGGGAUAUAUUCGUCCUGGCUGUACAAUUCUGACAGUAUUUAUUGCAAUGCCACAUUUCAAGUGGGCAAAGUUGCUAGAAGAGCCAACAGUACAGUUGCAAGAACUUGUGCUCUCGCCGGGAAAUAUGCUCCUUGGAAGAGGCGCCUUCCUUGUUUAUCUGAAUAACAUGGUAUUUCGUGUUACUAAAGGAGGAACAUCGAUAAUGAAAGUCAAGUUAAAAGGAAAAAGUCCAGUGCUCAACUAUGUGCAUCCUAUUUGCUUUGAGGCUGGCAAACCAAUGGAGUUCUUUGUAUGUGGAACCAAUCUACUUCAGUCGAAAUUCCGCUUUCUUGUAUCAUUUUCUGGGAAGUAUUUAGCAAAUGAUUUUUGUGUUACCCCGUGCUGUAAGAUAGAACGAGAUUCUAGUAGUUUAGACCAUCAGUUGAUGAAGGUCAGUGUUCCUCAAAUCAAUGCAGAUCUAUAUGGCCCUGCAUUUAUUGAGGUUGAAAAUGAGUCUGGCUUGUCGAACUUUGUUCCUGUUCUUGUUGCGAGCAAGGACAUAUGUGCAGAUAUGGAGAGGAUAUUAGAAGUGUUUAAUAAACCUCUUCCCCCUGAGGGUGCUGGAAUUGUAUCAAGCUGUCCUUCUUGUGAGCAUUCCAAGUUGCGUCAUGCAGAAUCAUCAGAUUUCAUGCUGGAUGUUGCAUGGUUGAUAAGGGAGCCGGUAUUGGCAACCAUUCAACUUUUGACAUGUAAUCUCAUGCAACGAUUCAUAGGGUUAUUAAACCUUUUGAUAGAAAAUGAGUCAACUUCAAUACUAGAAAGAGCUUUGCCGCACAUUAAAAUGGUGAUGGACAGUAGUUCAGUUGCUAAGAUUGCUGCUUCUGAAAUGAAUAGUUUCCUUGUGACUUUAGAAAGUGCACAAGUAUUCCUCUCUCAAAGAUUAAAGGAGAGAGAGGUUCUUGUCGGGAGUUCUACAAGAGGGGGGACAUCGUUUACUCAAACCUGCAAAAAUGAAUUGCAAGCUGUUGCUCCAGUUAUAAAUAAGGAUGAUAUGUGCAAGUCAGAGUCGAGAUUGACAUUUCCAAAUGAUAGCUCAGCUGUUCCAUUAUUGAAUAUCACGACAGAGAGUGUGGAUCUCACCAAAGAACGGAAGUCUUGUAGCCCUUUAUUUGCAAAGACGUUUCUUGCUACUCGUCCGCUUGUGUUCACAACCACUGCCAUUGCUGUUUGUUUCGCAGUAUGUAUCAUCAUUCUUCACCCAACUCCAGCGGGUGAACUCACUACAACGAUCCGGAGGUGCCUGUUUGACAACCCAUAGUUCUACUAAGCUUUCAUUCAUAUAGUUGUGCCUUAACCAUAUUUAAAAAAAAAAUGUAUCCUGUAUUUAACCAUCAUUCAAUUAUGAGAAAGUCAAGACAAUAAAUGGUGCAAGAGGGCCUCAGCUCGGUUGCUAGGUGAAGUCUCCUCCAGGUAGUUUGUGCUUCAUUAUUCCCUAAUGCACUUGUGUAUCAUAUAAACCAUUAGUUGAACAAAAAGUUGCAACGGUGUUUUAGUAUGUAAUUUUUUCUUAUUUUGGAUGGGUUCUAAUGCUCACGGAAAGUUGAAAAAGAAUAUUAUGUUAUUGUAUCAACAGUGUUAAUUUAGAAAUUCUUAAUCAUCACAAUAAAAAAAGGUAGUUAUGUGAUUGACUUCAG